AUGACUGUCUACCAGGCUACCGUCUCUGCUCCCGUAAAUAUUGCUUGCAUCAAGUAUUGGGGCAAGCGCGACACCAAGCUCAUUCUACCCACCAAUUCCUCGCUCUCGGUCACUCUCGACCAGGAUCACCUGCGUGCGACUACGACUUCACGGGCCGAUGCUUCGUUCGAGAAGGACACGUUGUGGCUCAAUGGCAAGGAGGACGUGAUCGCCGAAGGCGGACGUUUGUUCACAUGCAUCCGCGAGAUGAAGGCGUUGAGGAGUAAACUCGAGCAAGAAAAACCUGACCUGCCCAAGAUUGCUGCGUACAAGGUGCAUAUCGCGUCGUACAACAACUUCCCCACCGCGGCCGGCCUCGCAUCAUCCGCCGCGGGAUUUGCCGCGCUCGUCGCCUCCCUCGCAGCGCUCUACUCGCUCCCCUCCACGCCCUCUGAGCUCUCCCGUAUUGCUCGCCAAGGCUCCGGCUCCGCCUGCCGCUCCCUCUUCGGCGGUUUCGUGGCCUGGGAAAUGGGCUCCGCGGCCGACGGCUCCGACUCGCUCGCCAUCGAGGUCGCACCGCGCGAACACUGGCCCGAGAUCCAGGCGCUCAUUUGCGUGGUUUCGGAUGAUAAGAAGGGUACUUCUUCGACCAGCGGCAUGCAGAGGACCGUCGAGACGUCCACGUUGUUGCAGCACCGCAUCAAGAACGUUGUCCCGGACCGGAUGAAGAGGAUUUCGGAGGCCAUUCGCGCGAAGGACUUCGAUGCAUUUGCGACGCUUACGAUGCAAGACUCGAACCAGUUCCACGCCGUUGCGCUCGACACGGAUCCGCCGAUCUUUUACAUGAACGACGUGUCGCGCGCGAUCAUCGCCGUAGUGACUGAACUCAACCGGGUCUCCGUGGCGGCGGGUACUGGUAUCAAGGCGGCGUACACCUACGACGCAGGUCCGAACGCUGUCAUCUACGCACCGGAGAAGAACAUGCGGGAGAUCAUUGAGCACGUUGUGGCGUACUUCCCGCAGGCGGAGGCGUUCAAGGAUCCCUUCGGAAUCUUUGGCGCAUCGGGCGUUGGGGAGGGCAAGCUCGCUGAGGGGUUCAACCCGAAUGUGGCGAAGAAAUUCGCGGCUGGAGCGGUCAAAGGUCUCAUCCAUACGCGCGUUGGGGACGGACCGAGGAAGCUCGGAGAUGAGGAGGCGUUACUGGCUGCUAAUGGUCUGCCGAAGACAUUAGUCUAG